GCGGUCACGUGGCAGGAACCGGAAGCUGGGAUUAUAAAGCAAAGGAAAGCGGAAUCUGCGCUCGCUUUCCUUAUUCUUGUCCCUCCGUCGUGUUCUUCAGGCGUAAACUCGAGCUCGUCGCGCACCGGCUCAGCCUCACUGUCGCCAUGGCCCUCAGCGAUGCCGACGUGCAGAAGCAGAUUAAGCACAUGAUGGCUUUUAUUGAACAAGAAGCCAAUGAGAAAGCAGAAGAAAUAGAUGCAAAAGCAGAAGAAGAGUUCAACAUUGAGAAAGGUCGUCUUGUGCAAACCCAGAGACUGAAGAUCAUGGAGUACUACGAGAAGAAGGAGAAGCAGAUAGAGCAGCAGAAGAAAAUUCAGAUGUCCAAUUUGAUGAAUCAAGCAAGACUCAAAGUCCUCAGAGCAAGAGAUGACCUUAUUACAGACCUACUCAAUGAAGCAAAACAGAGACUCAGCAAGGUGGUGAAAGAUACGACCAGGUAUCAGGUGCUGCUGGACGGACUGGUUCUCCAGGGGAUGUACCAGUUACUGGAGCCCCGGAUGAUUGUUCGCUGCCGGAAGCAGGACUUCCCUCUGGUCAAGGCCGCUGUGCAGAAAGCCAUCCCCAUGUACAAAAUCGCCACCAAGAAGGAUGCCGACGUCCAGAUUGACCAGGAGGCCUACCUGCCCGAGGAGACCGCUGGCGGAGUCGAGAUCUACAACGGGGACCGCAAGAUAAAGGUCUCCAACACCCUGGAGAGCCGCCUGGACCUCAUCGCUCAGCAGAUGAUGCCGGAAGUGCGCGGAGCCUUGUUUGGUGCAAAUGCCAACAGGAAGUUUCUGGACUAAGCCGGCGUGUCUGAUCGCUGAAGAAACAACACUGUGUGGCUCCCUCUGUGCUGUCUGUGUCUCGGUGGGUGUCUGACAUCUCUGCACGAACGCCCUUCGCCCCCUGGCCGAUCGGUGACGACGGGAGAGCGUCUGCGUCGCUCUGAUCGGGAACCUGCCUCCAGCUCCUCUGAAGGGACCGGCUCCCGCCGGUUCUGCAGCCUGAAGGUGAAGGAACGGGCGGUGGCUGCGUGGCCCCACCGUCUCCCGCCCUCCUCUGCUUUUAGUUCCUCGGGUGGCCUCCCGCCUGGUGCCUGCUCCCCAGCCCCCUGCGGGCGCAUGCGUCCUGUCCUGUGGGCCCGGCAGGGCUCCUGUCUGCACGUGUGAUGUAAAACCCACGCCACGGGCUCUAUUUAUUAAACAAAAGGUCUAUGUGAAUUGCGUUGUAAUGUUAC